AACAAUAUAGAUUAUUGAGAUGGAUAUGAGAUAAUCUCAUUUAAUUGAGUGAAUAGCAUUAUACAAUAGGACUUAACUUGGUACAAGCUAACUUAUUUUAAGAAAGUCAGCAUCAGGAGGAGUUAACUAGUAUUGCAACUUCCUCUUCCUUUUUGCACCCCACUCAAGUGGAAGGAACAACAGCACGUUAAGCACUUUUUCACAAUCAAGGCCAAUCCAUGCCUCCAAAGAGAAAAAGAGAUGGGGGAAUGGUUUCUCCAGCCCGGGGCAGAGGACAAAAAAAGUCUCGCCACAACACUAGGCAGCAAAAGCCUGGAACUAAAGAAGUGAGAGAUAACCAACCCCCCUUCCAGCACCAGGAAUCUUCAGAGAGCGUGCCAGGGAGUGAGGCUGCACCAGAUUUGGGGGAGUUUGUGCCUGCCAACUUUGGCAAUAUUGGUUCAAGCACACCUGUAGGAGAUGCGGAGGAAAACAUCCAGCCAACAACUGUUCUUCCAACUAAGCUGUAUAAAUUGGGCAAGACCCCUAUAAGAUUAGACAGAGUCAUUUACUACUCACAAAAUUAUUCAGAUAAUCAUUUUUUACGGGAGGGUUUUCAACAUGGCUUUAAACUACAAUAUUCUGGUCCUAGAUCACCCAGGUUUUCAAAAAAUCUAACAAGUUUAGGCAGACAAUAUUCAGUUGCAGAGGAAAAGAUUUGUAAAGAGGUUACAUUGGGGAGAGUGGCAGGCCCCUUUAUAGAACCACCUUUUCCAACUUUGCAAGUUUCUCCAUUAGGCCUUGUUCCCAAGAAAGAUGGCGACUACCGCCUUAUUCACCAUUUAUCAUAUCCAGAAAAUGCUUCAAUAAAUUAUUUUAUCGACCCAGAACAGAGUUCUGUAACCUAUUCAACUAUAGAUGAUGCUGCUGACAUUAUUGCCAAAUUAGGUAGGGGGGCUUAUCUUGCCAAGUCUGAUAUCAAAUCAGCCUUUAGGUUGCUACCAAUUAAUAGCACGGAUUUCGAUUUAUUAGGUUUUUGCUUUAACGAUGCCUUCUAUUAUGACAAGAUGCUUCCAUUUGGGUGCAAGAUAAGUUGUGCAAUCUGGGACAGAUUUGCAUGCUUUCUGCAUUGGUUGACACAGAAUCGUUCACAAAAUUCCUCUAUUCUGCAUUAUCUGGAUGACUUCUUUUUCUGCGGCAGAGAGCAUUCCAUAAGCAAAAAUACCUUGGACACCUUUCUUUCCCUGUGCAGUGAUCUGGGGGUCCCAAUUGCAAAUGACAAAACAGUAUAUCCAACCCAAGUUCUUACUUUCUUGGGCAUCGAAUUUGAUACGGUGCAAAUGAUCAUGAAAUUACCAUGGGAAAAAAUUCAUGAAAUUAAACACAAAAUUCUUGACAUUAUGACUUUUAGAAAGGUAACACUUCAGCAACUUCAGUCCAUAUUGGGGCUUUUGAAUUUUGCAUGUAGAGUCAUAGCUCCAGGUAGGGCUUUCUGUCGACGACUAACCGAUGCAACAAUCGGCCUUGGCAAACCACAUCACCAUACCCGGGUAACAUUAGAAAUGAAAGCUGACCUCCAAGUCUGGCUCACCUUCCUUCAAUCUUUUAAUGGUAUAUCAGUCAUUACAAAGAGCAUAUGGGUCAAUAACGACACUCUCGAACUUUACACUGACAGUGCAGGGGGAGACUCGGGGGGUUUUGGUAUAUUUUUUGCAGGCAAGUGGGCAUAUGCUCAGUGGCCCAGUAGUUGGUUGGCACAAGGCCUAACCCGAGACAUGACUUUUUUAGAGCUCUUCCCAGUCCAAGUAGCUAUUGAAGUAUGGAAGCAUCAAUUUGCCAACUACAGAAUCUUGUUUUACAUUGACAAUAUGGCAGUGGUACAUGUUAUCAACAAAACAACAUCAAGGUCACCUAGGGUCAUGAAAAUUGUAAGAAAACUGGUUCUAACAUGUCUCAAGCAUAACAUCUUAAUUAAAGCAAGACACAUACCAUCUAAGCUAAAUUCUAUCGCGGAUUGUCUCUCUCGUUCACAGUGGGGCAAAUUCCGACGACUAGCACCAACAGCAGAUCCAUGGCCAGCACCACUUCCCAAGAACAUUUGGGAAAUUUAAAAAGUGAGGCAAACAGGCUUAUCCAGGGUUCCCUCUCAGUCAACACAUACAAAGCUUAUCAAGGGGCUUUUACCAGUUUCAAAAAAUUCUUGAGUAACUGUGGGAUUGCAAUGGUUUUUCCUAUUCCCAUUGACCACUUGCUUAAUUUUAUUGCUCAUUUGUCCAUUUCAGGUACAGCUUAUAGAACAGCUGCAUUAUACAUUAGUGCCCUAUCAUAUUUUCACAAAUUAAGAGGCAUACAGGAUAAUACUCAAUCAUUCAUCGUCAAAAAAGCCUUGCAGGGUCUGCACAAAAAGCGAGGUAACCCUGUAGAUCCACGAAUCCCAUUAACCAUAUCUAUUUUGCAACGUGUAGUAUCAGCAUUGCCAUCAGUCUGUAGAUCACCAUAUGAGGCAGCAUUAUUUUCCACAAUUUUUUCAAUUGCAUAUCACGGCUUGCUUAGGGUUAGUGAAGUCUUGUCUAUCCAUAGGGCACACAUUUCCCUUACUAAGAACAAUGUCAGCAUUCUAAUUCCAAGGUCUAAAACUGACCAAAUUGGAAAUACAACUACGUUGCAGAUUUCCAAACAUGCCAAUUCUGAUACUUGUCCAGUGCAAUGGGUACUCAAGUUUUUACGGUUGCGCCCUAACAGUGACUCCACCUUAUUUUUCAUCCAUAUGGAUUACAAACAUGUAACAAGAUACCAGUUUAAUUGCAUGCUACAGAAAACACUUAAAUUUAAUGACAUUCAGGGACAUUUUAGGCCACAUAGCUUCAGAAUUGGGAGAGCCACAGAUAUGGCAAAACAAGGGGUUUCAGAUUCAGAAAUUAAAUCUUUGGGAAGGUGGGAGUCAAAUGCUUUUCAAAACUACAUAAGAUUAUAAUGUAAUGGUUUGUUGAAUGGAAUACAGGCUAAUUUGCCAAAAGUAUUCCAGGUUUCAAGACAGUUUGGAUAGUAGGAUCGUCUAUACCUUUUUGGGCUGGUGAAGAGGCACGGAGGAGACCGGGCGGAAAGAACCUCAAUCUAGGGGUUGACAUCUUUUGGAAGGGGAUAAGAGGGCUAAAAUGGCAAGACCUCGACAAACUGAUAACAGAAGAACUCAAACAUCAACCACAACCAGAUGUAUUGGUUAUUCAUGCUGGGUCAAACGAUCUAACAACAGCUGGCAAUACUGCACUUAGAUUUGCACAUGAAAUUCAAUGUAGCUUGUAUCGCUACAAUGCAUUGCUACCAAAAACUUUGCUCAUUUGGUCAACAAUGCUUCCCCGUCUUUACUGGCAUGGUGCACCUCUAGGUAAGGGUGGCGCUAAGAUCGAUCUAAAAAGACGCAAGGUUAAUAAGGCUAUUAAGAAAUUUGUUACCUCUCAAGUUAACGGAGCUUGCAUUGUUCAUGACAGAAAUAUAAACGUCCAUCAAACCAGUUUAUUUAGGUAUGACGGAACUCAUCUAGCCGAAAGUGGAAAUCAAGCUUACUUAAAUAACAUACAGGGUGGUUUGGAAUUUAUUUUGGGGGGAAAGGGCAAAAUCUUCCCUACGCAAUAGUUUGCAGAAUCUUGUCACUUGUGGUUGGUUCCUAUAACCUGUCAUUCAUUUAGGAGAUAGAUACUCUCUAGAGCAAUUGGUGGGGAACAUCAUAUCGAUGUUUGUGGCGGGGUCAAGGGAGACAUCAUCCCUGUACAAGCUUAACCUGUUGUCUCUGCCCAUCUGCAUCAAAGCAUGAGGGAUGUCUCAUGGCUGUGUGUUAACAUGGAAGUUAAAUGCCAUUGAGCAAAUGUGUGGAAUAACUGGAAACUGCUUGGGGUCUGCAGCAUUUCAGUGCUCAGACCCCCUCUACCUCUAUAAAAGGAGGAGAGGCUACAGGCUGGGUGGUGUGAAAGUUCUAAACCAGGUAGCAAGCCAGAGACAGGGUGUAAAAGCUGUGCAGCUUGUGUGCCUAGCCACCAUGCGUGUUAGGCAUGGGGUUUCCUUGGCACUCGCAUCAAAGCGAGGCCACUAGUUUGCCCAUUGGUUUAUGGUAUCCUAGUUGUCUCCCUUGACUCCUACUAAUUUUUGCGGCCAGUAUCAUCCAACACUGGUGUAUUGUGUUUUUAUGAUGUCAUUGCUCAAUAAAUUCAUGUAAAGUACCAAUUGGUGUUUAUUUUUCAUUCUCACUAGUGGCUGAAAGAUAAUUCAAUAAUAUUGUGAAAAGGCAGACAAAGCAAACUAUCUUGGCUGCAAUCUUCAAUUAAUAUAGAUUAUUGAGAUGGAUAUGAGAUAAUCUCAUUUAAUUGAGUGAAUAGCAUUAUACAAUAGGACUUAACUUGGUACAAGCUAACUUAUUUUAAGAAAGUCAGCAUCAGGAGGAGUUAACUAGUAUUGCAACUUCCUCUUCCUUUUUGCACCCCACUCAAGUGGAAGGAACAACAGCACGUUACCCACCCACCCUCCCCAUAUUUUGAAAAAGUUAAGUAAACCAUCAAUUUGUUUUACUUUGGUCAAAUAAUCUGCGCCAAGUAUGUUAUAUUUUUAGGUAAAUCGCAGGGCGUGGAUUCAGUUAAGCUGAGCCUGUUUUUGUACUUGCAUAGGACUGCUCAUAUGACGAUAGUUGCACCUUGCUAAUUGCCAACCAGUCAACGAAAGAGGACUAUUGAAUAAAUAUCCAGAUAAUUUUUCUUUUCUUACAUUUGUCGCAAUUUUAAGGGGGAGGAGUCAGGGAAACAUUAAGGCCAAUAAGUGUACAAGCUUAACCUGUUGUCUCUGCCCAUCUGCAUCAAAGCAUGAGGGAUGUCUCAUGGCUGUGUGUUAACAUGGAAGUUAAAUGCCAUUGAGCAAAUGUGUGGAAUAACUGGAAACUGCUUGGGGUCUGCAGCAUUUCAGUGCUCAGACCCCCUCUACCUCUAUAAAAGGAGGAGAGGCUACAGGCUGGGUGGUGUGAAAGUUCUAAACCAGGUAGCAAGCCAGAGACAGGGUGUAAAAGCUGUGCAGCUUGUGUGCCUAGCCACCAUGCGUGUUAGGCAUGGGGUUUCCUUGGCACUCGCAUCAAAGCGAGGCCACUAGUUUGCCCAUUGGUUUAUGGUAUCCUAGUUGUCUCCCUUGACUCCUACUAAUUUUUGCGGCCAGUAUCAUCCAACACUGGUGUAUUGUGUUUUUAUGAUGUCAUUGCUCAAUAAAUUCAUGUAAAGUACCAAUUGGUGUUUAUUUUUCAUUCUCACUAGUGGCUGAAAGAUAAUUCAAUAAUAUUGUGAAAAGGCAGACAAAGCAAACUAUCUUGGCUGCAAUCUUCAAUUAAUAUAGAUUAUUGAGAUGGAUAUGAGAUAAUCUCAUUUAAUUGAGUGAAUAGCAUUAUACAAUAGGACUUAACUUGGUACAAGCUAACUUAUUUUAAGAAAGUCAGCAUCAGGAGGAGUUAACUAGUAUUGCAACUUCCUCUUCCUUUUUGCACCCCACUCAAGUGGAAGGAACAACAGCACGUUACCCACCCACCCUCCCCAUAUUUUGAAAAAGUUAAGUAAACCAUCAAUUUGUUUUACUUUGGUCAAAUAAUCUGCGCCAAGUAUGUUAUAUUUUUAGGUAAAUCGCAGGGCGUGGAUUCAGUUAAGCUGAGCCUGUUUUUGUACUUGCAUAGGACUGCUCAUAUGACGAUAGUUGCACCUUGCUAAUUGCCAACCAGUCAACGAAAGAGGACUAUUGAAUAAAUAUCCAGAUAAUUUUUCUUUUCUUACAUUUGUCGCAAUUUUAAGGGGGAGGAGUCAGGGAAACAUUAAGGCCAAUAAGUGUACAAGCUUAACCUGUUGUCUCUGCCCAUCUGCAUCAAAGCAUGAGGGAUGUCUCAUGGCUGUGUGUUAACAUGGAAGUUAAAUGCCAUUGAGCAAAUGUGUGGAAUAACUGGAAACUGCUUGGGGUCUGCAGCAUUUCAGUGCUCAGACCCCCUCUACCUCUAUAAAAGGAGGAGAGGCUACAGGCUGGGUGGUGUGAAAGUUCUAAACCAGGUAGCAAGCCAGAGACAGGGUGUAAAAGCUGUGCAGCUUGUGUGCCUAGCCACCAUGCGUGUUAGGCAUGGGGUUUCCUUGGCACUCGCAUCAAAGCGAGGCCACUAGUUUGCCCAUUGGUUUAUGGUAUCCUAGUUGUCUCCCUUGACUCCUACUAAUUUUUGCGGCCAGUAUCAUCCAACACUGGUGUAUUGUGUUUUUAUGAUGUCAUUGCUCAAUAAAUUCAUGUAAAGUACCAA